UGAGCCGCCAAACGUGGUGAAGCAAAACUUCAAAACCCUAAACCGAUUCCCUAAAACCCUUUUCUCAGUAUAACAAAUUUAGGAACUCUUUGAAGAGCAAAGGCCACCAUGGCUCCCAGCUUUGUGUUCGAACCCCCCAGCGACGAGGAAAUUGAUCUCUCCGAAGAAGAAGAAGAAGAAGAGGAACAAGAAGAACAAGAAGAACAAGAAGAAGCGGAACAAGGAGGGGAAGAGGAGGAUGAUGAACCCCUUUCUCACCGUCGCACCGAGUCUCCUUGGGAUUUUGCCUCCUACUCCGAGUCAGUGGCUGAUGAACAUGCCCGUAGAAGCACCACUUCUGUUGAUUUCAAAAUCUCUAAACUGCUUGAGAAUCGUUCCGCAAGCUUCACUCCUACCGCCGAUGAUGAUGGUCAAAGUUCGGAAGAAGAAUCUGACAGACAAGAAGAUUAUAGACCGGAAGACGACGACGAUGGAACUAGUAAUGCUGAUGACAGUAAGUCGUUUUUUGCGCCUUCUGAUGGGGCUUCCUUUCAUGCGAAUUCGUUCAUGGAGCUCAACUUGUCGCGCCCACUGAUUCGAGCAUGUGAGGCUUUGGGAUAUGCAAAGCCGACGCCAAUUCAGGCGGCCUGCAUACCGUUGGCAUUGACUGGACGUGAUAUAUGCGGAAGUGCAAUUACUGGUUCUGGAAAGACUGCAGCCUUUUCACUACCUACUUUGGAGAGGUUACUCUAUCGGCCAAAACGUGAUCGGGCAAUCAGAGUUCUAAUCCUAACUCCAGCAAGAGAAUUGGCAAUCCAAGUUCACAGUAUGGUAGAGAAACUUGCUCAGUUUACUGAUAUCAGAUGUUGUCUGAUCGUUGGUGGGCUUUCAAGAAAGGAGCAAGAGGCUGCCUUAAGAUCAAUGCCUGAUGUUGUUGUGGCAACUCCAGGACGCAUGAUUGAUCAUCUACGUAAUUCCAUGUCCGUAGAUUUGGAUGAUUUAGCAGUUUUGAUACUGGAUGAGGCAGAUCGUCUUUUAGAACUUGGAUUUAGUGCUGAAAUUCGUGAACUGGUUCGUCUUUGUCCAAAAAGGAGGCAGACAAUGUUGUUUUCUGCUACCAUGACAGAAGAAGUUAAUGAGCUUAUCAAGCUUUCCUUGACUAAACCAUUGCGCCUCUCAGCUGACCCAGCUACCAAGAGGCCAAAAACAUUGACAGAAGAGGUGGUCAGGUUACGUAGAAUGCGUGAAGUGAAUCAGGAGGCUGUACUCCUUGCUCUGUGCUCAAAGACAUUUACUUCUAAAGUUAUUGUAUUUAGUGGAACCAAACAGGCUGCUCAUAGGCUAAAGAUUUUAUUUGGAUUAGCUGGCUUUAAAGCUGCUGAGCUUCAUGGAAAUCUUACCCAAGUUCAGCGUCUUGAUGCCUUGGAACUCUUCAGGAAACAGCAAGUUGAUUUUCUUAUUGCUACUGAUGUAGCUGCUCGGGGCCUGGAUAUUAUUGGUGUUCAAACUGUUAUAAACUUUGCAUGUCCUCGUGAUCUCACCAGCUAUGUUCAUCGGGUGGGUCGUACUGCAAGAGCUGGUAGAGAAGGAUAUGCUGUUACAUUUGUGACUGACAAUGACCGAUCUCUUUUGAAAGCCAUAGCUAAGAGAGCUGGUUCCAAGUUGAAGAGCAGAAUUGUUGCUGAGCAAUCCAUAAAAAAGUGGUCUGAAAUAAUCGAACAAAUGGAAGACCAAGUGACUGUGAUUCUUCAGGAAGAAAGAGAAGAGAGAGCUCUAAGGAAAGCUGAGAUGGAAGCAACAAAGGCAGAAAACAUGAUUGUUCAUCAGGAGGAAAUUUUUUCACGCCCUAAAAAAACCUGGUUUAUAACUGACAGGGAGAAAAGGCUUGUGGCAAAAGCAGCCAAGGCAUCUCUGGAAAAGAGAAAGAGUUCAGGGAAUGAGGCCCUAAGUGCUCAAGAAGCCGAGGACCAAAGGAUGAAAGAAAAAAGGAGGCGUGAGCGUGAGAAAAAUUUGCCAAGGAAGAAGCGUAGGAAAUUGGAAGCAGCUAGAGAAAUGUUGGAGGAGGAGAAGCAAAAUGACAAAACAGGAGGUGGUGGAGAAAAUAAGAAAGGCAAUUCUGGAUUGUCACUUGUGAAGCUUGCCUACCGUCGGGCAAAAGCAGUGAAGGCUGUGAAAAGGGCAGUUGACUCGGGCAAGAUUGUGAAGAAGCAAAACCAAAAAACUAAAAAGUCUUCCCACAGAACUCAAUCGAGGUCCGAGGAGAUGCGAGAGAUGUUCCAAAGCGAUAUGAGCGAGCAGAAGCAGAAACGACGUGGCAGUGGCGGUGUUGGAAAGAAAAAGUCUAAGCAUUCCUUCAAAAGCAAGUCAAGGUACAAGCGUAAAUAGAGACUCUCAUCAGAAGCCGAUUGGCAAUCUACAUUCCUUGUUCCAGUUUUGAUGGCAGAUGGGGAAGAGAUAGCUUCAGCAGUUAUAUUCCAAAAUUAUGGAUGGCUGUAUCAUUCCNCCCCCCCCAUAGUUUAUUGCUUUCGGUUGUGAUGUGCAUUGAGAGUCAAAAUGCACCAUGCAACUUUGAAGCAUAACCAACUAACACAACAUUUCUUUACAGAGACUACUUUAUUACUAGGACGUUUAUUAUAUCAAUUUUGAAAGUAUAUUUCUUUAUAAAA